CUACAUUAUCCUUAUCCGCUUACAACUAUCUCGAUAACAGAUAACUCCACCAACCGCCACACCCAUGUAUUUUACCACUCCGCUCCUUCUACUCACGGCUCUUUCCAUGAGCCUCGUAUCGUCACACCCAUCUCCCGACGCUGCCGCCAUCGCCGAAGCCGCCCCGGGCGUCAAGGUCGAGCGUGACGCCGCAGCCGUCCCAGGCGUGAAGCGUGAAAACAUCAGCCCAAUCCUUGCCCGCGACGACGACGACGGCCACAUGCUCCAGAAGCGGGCCUGCAAGAACAACGGUUGCAAAUGCCGUCCCGGGACGAAGCAGGGCCAAUACUGCUGGGCUUGCAAUGCGGUCAGGAGCGCCGGAAAUCUAAACGCAUAUCCCUCUCCCCAUACCGGGUGGAUCUUUGAGUGCGCGCCCAGCGGGGGUUGCUGCGCGUAUGGUCCUAGGGGUAGUUGCGCGGGAGGUAAAGCCAAUCCUUGUGGUGCUUGAGGGAUAGUGCUUCCACCACCCCCCACCGUGCAAUAGUUGAUGUGGUGGUUUUAUUGAGACUUAGGGGAAGUAUUUAGCUUGGAUAGGUG